CACGACACUGCCGGUCUCUGGGUCCCUGAGACCCUUUAACCUGUGAGGACGUCCAGGGUCACAGGUGAGGUUCUUGGGAGCCUGGCGUCUGGCCCAACCACAAGCCUGGGGACUGCCAGUCUGACCCCUGACCCCUGACCCCUCACACCCUUCCUCCCUAAAAAUCCUGGAGCCUGACAUUUGACCAGCAACUGAAACCCGACCUCUGACCCCACACCAGGGCCCCUCCCCCACCCCAUGGUGACCUCACAAAGGUCAUCAGCUUCUCCCAGGGCCGGGACCUAGACACUCCGCCAUGGCCCUGCUGGCCCCAGCGAGUGCUGUCCCUUCCACUGUGGUGGCCCUCGCGUUCCUCAGGGCGCCCGCCUGGGCCUGUCUCCUCUGUUUCACAUCCUACAAUGAGCGGCUCCGCAUCUGCCAGAUCUUUGCAGGCGUGGAGAGCCCGGAGCUUGAGAAGUGUGAGGAGGCAUUCACAGCCGCCUUUAAGGGCCUCCUGGACACUGAAAUCAACUACGAUGAGAGAAACCACCUGCAUGACGCCUUCACCCAGAUGACCCACUCCCUCCAGGAGACGGCCACCGCGCAGGGGUCCUUUGAGGUUGCCUUCCCUGAUGCCGCGGAGAAAAUACAGAAGGUCAUUCUACAGCUUAAAGAAGUCCAGGCCUGCAUCCCUCCCUGCGGACUCCAGGAGGUCGCCCGGCGCUUCCGCUGCCGCGGGUGCUACUCCGCCGUCUGCGACCUCCCGCUGGACUGCCCAGUUCAGGACGUGACGGUGACCCGGGGUCAGCAGGCCAUGUUCUCUUGCACCGUGAACUUCCAGCUGCCGAAGGAGGAGAUCACCUAUUCCUGGAAGUUCGCAGGAGGUGGGGUCCGGACUCAGGACCUGACCUACUUCCGAGACAUACCGCGGGCCCGAGGAUACCUGGCGCGGAUCCGGCCGGUGCAGCCCACGCACCGCGGGACUUUCUCUUGCGUGAUCACGCACGACCAGCGCCUCCUGGCGCGGCUCUACUUCUUUCUCAAUGUGACGGGCCCGCCCCCGCGCCGGGAGACCGAGCUCCAGGUCAACUUUCGGGAGGUUCUACGCUGGGCUCCGCGGGAGGCGGAGAUGAUCGAACCCUGGACGCCGAGCCUGGGCGAGCUGCUGGCCAGGCCCGGGACUCUGACGCCGAGCAACCAGUGCCUGCUGGCGGCCGUCGCGGCCUUAGCAUCGGCGACUGUGACUGUGUUGGCGUGGAUGUUCUUUCGAUGGUACUUCAGUGGCAACUAACAAAGGUAUCUUUUUCUUUCUUGGCUUAUUUGCAUCCAUAAAAUAAAAAAUAUAUUU